UACACUCGUGGGUUAACGGUGUGUUUUGGUGGAACAGCUCCUCAGAACCACCGGUUAUUUAGAUCAUGCUGAAAUCCAAGACAUUUGUGAAGAAGACCCGCGCUGGUGGAGUGUUGAAGAUAGUGCGCGAACAUUACCUGAGAGAUGACAUCUGGUGUGGAAGUGAAGUGUGUAAGGAGUGUAAAGAUGAAGCGCCUGUGCUGCAAGAGGACGCGUGCAUAGAGAGCAACCUGUGCUCAUAUCCGCACUAUUUAAUCCCAGACACCAAUGUGGUUUUACAUCAAAUUGACAUCCUUGAGGACCCUCUGAUCAGGAACGUCAUCAUUCUUCAGACCGUUUUACAAGAGGUCAGACACAGGAGUGCCCCAGCCUACAAAAGAAUCAAGGAUGCUAUUCAUGAGAAGGAAAAGCACUUCUACACGUUCACUAAUGAGCAUCACAGGGAGACAUUCAUUGAACGAGAGCCAGGGGAAAGCGCUAAUGAUCGUAAUGAUCGAGCCAUCCGUGUCGCUGCUAAAUGGUACGCAGAUCACCUCGCUAAAAAGACCAAUGGUGGUUCACUCAAAGUGGUUCUGCUGACUGAUGAUCGGGCCAAUAAAGAGAAGGCAGAGCAGUAUGGUCUGAUUGUGUACAGAUGUGAAGAAUAUAUUAAGAGCUUGAUUGGCAACCCUGAGCUUGUGGACAGACUUGCAUUGCAACCUGAUGACCAAAAUGAAAUUACUGGCAGUAAGUUACUGUUUCCAGAACAUCUACCCUUAUCCAGGAUUCAGAGUGGCAUUAAGAACGGAGUAUUGCUUCAAGGCACGUUCCAUGCCAACAGAGAUAACUAUCUGGAGGGCACAGUCUUUAUAAAUAGAGAGGGGGAGGAUAUCAAUGAGGUUCUACUUCAGGGCCUUCAGAAUUUAAACCGGGCUGUUCAUCAGGACGUAGUGGCUGUUGAACUGUUUCCCAAAGAACGCUGGGUUGCUCCAUCAUCUGUUGUGCUGCAGGAUGAUAGUCCAAAUGAUGAAGAUGCUGAGGAAGAUGAGACUGAAAAUAAGGGUGUGCCACCAGACUCUAGCAUUCUCAAGCCCACUGGACGAGUGGUGGGCAUUAUAAAGAGGAACUGGAGGCCUUACUGUGGAAUGCUCUCACAGUCAAUGAUCAAAUAGGCAACAAGGCACCUUUUCACCCCAGCAGACCGACGAAUCCCACGGAUUCGUAUUGAGACCAGACAAGCCGCCAAUCUGGCUGGACAGAGGAUUAUGGUUGCUAUCGAUGGCUGGCCUAAAAACUCCAGAUACCCAAAUGGUCACUUUGUGAAAAACCUUGGCACUGCUGGAGAUAAAGAGACUGAGACAGAGGUGCUUCUCCUGGAGCAUGAUGUUCCUCACCUGCCCUUCUCUCCGGCUGUUCUUAGCUUCCUACCCAAGAUGCCCUGGAGUAUUACUGAGGAGGAUUUGAAAGUCAGAGCAGAUCUCAGACACCUCGGUGUGUGUAGUGUGGAUCCUCCUGGCUGUACGGAUAUUGAUGAUGCUCUUCAUUGUCGGGAACUAGAGAAUGGAAACUUGGAGGUUGGUGUUCACAUAGCAGAUGUCAGCCAUUUUAUUCGGCCAGGAAAUGCUCUAGAUCAAGAGGCAGCAAGCAGAGGCACUACAGUCUACCUUUGUGGAAAGAGAAUUGACAUGGUUCCUGAACUUCUGAGUUCCAACUUGUGUUCUCUGAGAUCCAAUGUUGAGAGGUUAGCAUUCUCUUGUAUUUGGGAGAUGAACCACAAUGCUGAAAUCAUCAAAACUCACUUCACAAAGAGUGUCAUUAACUCCAAGGCCUCCCUUACAUACGCCGAAGCUCAGAUGAGGAUUGAUGACACCACCAUGAAUGAUGACAUCACGAAGAGCCUGCGGGGCCUUAACAGACUGGCCAAGAUCUUAAAGGGUCGGAGGACUGAAAAAGGAGCACUGACCCUCUCCUCUCCUGAAGUGCGUUUCCAUAUGGACAGUGAGACACAUGACCCUAUAGAUCUGCAGACCAAAGAACUCAAGGAGACAAAUUCUAUGGUUGAGGAGUUCAUGUUGUUGGCGAAUAUCUCUGUAGCACAGAAGAUCUAUGAUGAGUUCUCAGAAUGUGCCCUACUGAGGAAACACCCCUCACCACCACCAUCAAACUACGACAUCCUCAUUAAGGCUGCAAAAUCAAGGGACCUUAACAUCCACAUAGAUUCAGCCAAAGCUCUGGCUGAUUCCCUGAACAAUGCGACAGUUGAGAACUUUCCGUACUUCAACACCCUGCUGAGGAUUCUGGCCACCCGCUGCAUGAUGCAGGCUGUGUAUUUCUGCUCUGGCAUGGACAGUGAUUUCCACCACUAUGGCCUGGCAUCACCCAUUUACACACACUUCAUCACCCAUCAGGAGGUGAGAUGCGCUGGACCACUGAAGCAAUUUAAAGGAACAGUUGACCUAAAAAUGAAAGUUACCCUUCAGCUAUUCUUCAAGAAUAAGGGAAUCAUAAAUGAGGAAGGCUUCAUUCUUUUUGUAAGAAAAAAUGCCAUUAUCAUCCUCAUCCCUAAGUUUGGAAUAAAGGGCACUGUGUUCUUUGACAACAAGGACAAACCCAGCCCUCAUCUCAUAUUUGAUUCUGAGGGUCCUACACUCAAAGUGGAGGAACACAUGUUCCGCAUGUUUGACAAAGUUAAAGUAACGAUCAGCCUUGACGCUUUCAUUUACACUUCUUCAUCCAUUCACAUGCAGCUCAUUGAACCAGUGAUUCCUGGGGUUAGUGUUCCUGUACCUGAGUCAGAACCAGAGGCCAAAAAACCCAAGCUUGACUGCUGACACCUGAGCACCAAGAACCAACUCAUUAAAGCAAAUAUUACAUGAAAAACCUUACGGUUCAUCUACAAGGGAAACUUGUGCGAAUGCAUAAGUGGAAAAAAUUGACAUGAAAGGAGUGUUUUUUUAAAUCAAUGUACACCUGUACUGUUUUUGCUUUUGUCUAUAUUUUAACUUGCUAAUGCAUUGUUUUUUAUAGUCUGAGACAAACUGUGGAAUUAUUAUAAAUUCCAUUUGAGAAAAAGUGUUGUGUUGCCAUUCUUCAAAUCUGAGAUUCAUUGAAAACACAACAUAUUAAAAGGACUUUUUUUUAAAGGAAA